AGGAUGUGACACGAAAACGAUAAGAGGCUUAUUUUAAAUGUUCAUAAUCUUAUAAUGAAUUAAAUCAAAUCAAAACGUGCCAAAUUAAAUUACGUGAAAUUACAUCGCAUUAGAUAGUUAUAGUAGCAGAGGUGGUAAAGUGAUGGAAGAAUAAAAUGAUACAAAACUGCAUUGCACAAAUGAUCUAUUCUGUAGUUUGUUUGUGGUAGUAAGAUUAAGCUCUAAGUUCAUAUGGUGGUAGAACUGCGUACUAAAUAAUUUGCUUCUUCGAGAAUUCGUCUGCAAGUGCCUAUAGUGAGAUCAUUCCGCAUGGUCGCUCGACUUUGCAUUACUUUUUACUACCCAUUUUCGUAUCAUUGAGAUUCAAAGAAGAACAUAAAAUCAGGAUAGUCUGUAAUAAUUCGAAACAGUAAGCAAUUUGUGAAAAAUGACGGGUGCAAGUGGCGCGAGUAGCGUGGCCAGUAGCCCGCUACCAAAAUGGCAACUCGCUUUGGUUGUUGCAGCGCCGGUUGCUUUAGGACUUGGAUAUAUGUAUUAUAAAAACAGUUCUAAGCCUUCUUCAAAAUCAAAUCGUGGUAAAUCAAAGGGUAGCUCAAAGGAAAAUGGCGCAGCAGCUACUGACAAACAAAUUUCAAUUGAUGUUGAUUAUCCACCAAAAACUACAUUUGAAACCGAGACUCCAUUGGAUGAAGCUCAAAGAUAUAAAAAUGAAGGAAAUGAACAGUUCAGAAAAGGAAAGUAUGAUGAAGCAAUAACACAAUAUAAUUAUGCGAUUGAAAUAUGCCCUAAGGAAAAUACAGAAGCUCUUGCUACUUUUUAUCAAAACAGAGCAGCUGCCUAUGAACAAUUGAAAAAGUAUAGUGCUGUAAAAGCAGAUUGUACAAAAGCUUUAGAAUUGAAACCAAAGUAUGCCAAAGCAUUAUUACGUCGAGCAAAGGCAAUGGAACAUUGCAAUGAUUUAGAAUCAGCUUUAGAAGAUGUUACUGCUGCAUGUAUUUUUGAAAACUUUUCUAAUCAAACAACAAUUUUAAUGGCAGAUAGAGUUUUAAAGCAACUAGGAAGACAACAUGCAAUGGAACAUUUGGCAAACAAAAAAUUAAUAAUGCCUAGCAAAUAUUUCAUUAAAACGUAUAUUAGUACCUUCCACAAAGAUCCUGUUUUUGCAAGGCUUCAGAAUACUGAUGAUAGUAAUAUUUCUAAGGGUUUUGUAAAAAUUUUAGAAUGUGUAAAAGAACAAAAGUAUGAUGAUGUAAUACCACUGUGCAAUGAAGAAAUUAACAAUUCUGAAUCAAACACACUGCCACACAAAAUGGAAAUAUUACUUUUAAGAGCAACAUUUUACCUUUUAUUAGGGCAGCAUGAUGCUGCAAUUGAAGAUUUUGGAACUAUUAUAAAUAGCGAUUCCGUUCCAAAUGAUGUGAAAGUGAAUGCCUUAAUAAAAAGAGCUACUUUAUUUAUGCAGUUGGAAAGUCAAGACAAAAGUUUUUCUGAUUUUAAAAUGGCUGCUGAACUUGAUCCUGAAUGUGGUGAUAUUUAUCAUCAUAGAGGACAGGUAAAUUUACUUAUGGAAAAAAUAGAUGAAGCCAGAGACGAUUUCAAAAAAGCUGUUGAUCUUAAUCCCACCUUUGGGGUAGCAUUUGUACAAAAGUGUUUUGCAGAUUAUCGUUAUGGUAUAGUAAAAAGGGAUAUGGAAGUAAUAGCGAAAGCAAUGAAAGGAUUUGAAGAAGCAAUUGAAAAGUUUCCAGACUGUUCUGAAUGUUAUACGCUGUAUGCUCAGAUGUUAUCAGAAACACAAGAAUUUCAAAAAGCAGACAUGUAUUUUGCUAAAGCAAUUGAAAAAGAUCCAACUAAUGCAACAAUCUAUGUACACAGAGGUCUAUUACAGUUGCAAUGGAAUGCUGAUGUUGAUAAGGCUGUUGAAUAUAUCAAUAAAGCAUUAUUAUUGGAUGAUAAAUGUGAAUAUGGGUAUGAAACAUUAGGUACAAUUGAAGUUCAGAGGGGAAAUUUAACAGAAGCAAUAAAACUGUUCGACAAGGCCUUAGCAUUAGGUCGCACAGCCAUGGAACUUACACACAUUUUCAGUUUGAGAGAUGCUGCAAAAACGCAACUUACAAUAAAAGACAAACUAGGCCCGAGCGUAAUGCUUAAUUUCCAGAAUGUUUCAUAAGUUUUUUUUAUAAAACUACAAUGAUCGGAAUCGAAAUUUUUAAUAAAUAAUACACGUGGUUACCAGAAUUAGAACGAAAUUUCGUGCCCAUGAUAUGAUUCAUAAAUAUAAUUUUAUACAAGACUUCAGUAAAAUUUUUACAAACACAUAAAUUUGUACUAGUUGUCAUUUCUGUAGAAAUUUCAAAUGAAAUAUUAAAAAUUGGUCACAGUUACAUUUUAA